UGUAUCUUCAUUUUGACAAAUAGCGUGAUGUCCGAAAUUACCGUGACGUCAGAUAUCAACAAAAAUUUGUGGAAAGUCAACCUAGCGCAACCUUGCUACAGGAAUCUGCGUAUUUUCCCAUAAUUUAUGAGAUAGAGUUGUCAUAGGACACCAUGGCUACUGCUCCGCCGCCCCCCAGUUAUAACGAUGCCACAAAUCCAGGCUAUGGCUACAGUGAUCCUAAUGCUCCCAACGCGGGAUAUGCACCUGUCCCACUAAAGGAAAUGGACAAUGCAGGUCAGCCCCCUCCACCCCAGCCUGCUGGCUAUGGCUACGGCACAGGAUAUGCUGCACCGCCACCUGGUGGCUAUAGCCAGCCUCAACCCACUGGCUACGCAGCCCCCAAACCGGAAGAUACCUCAUACACUGUGGAGGAGGAAUGGGCGGGGCAGUCCUUCUCAGAUAAAGCUGUCCGAAGGAAUUUUAUCAAAAAGGUAUACCUGAUAUUAGCAGCUCAACUGGCUGUUACAUUUGGCAUCGUGUGCAUUUUUUCACUUGUAGAGCCAGUGGGAUUGUUUGUUAGACAAAACAUUUGGCUUUAUUGGAUAUCCUAUGCCCUGUUCAUCAUACUCUACAUAGUCCUGGUGUGCGUGCGAGAGGCUCGUCGUAGCUUCCCUGCUAACUUCAUCUGCCUGGCCGUGUUUACACUGGUGUUCUCAUACAUGACAGGCACCAUCGCGAGCUCCUACACCACGGAGUCUGUCAUGAUCGCCGCUGGGAUCACCGCCGCUGUGUGUCUGGCCGUGUCAAUCUUUGCCAUCCAAACCAAGAUUGAUUUCACCCUCUGUUCCGGACUGAUAUUUGGUCUGUUCAUGGUGCUGUUGUUCUUUGGUCUGUCCGUGAUGAUUGUUUACCUUGUCACACCUGUGGACUACUUUGCCGCCAGGGUGCUGUCAUGCGUUUGGGGAGGUCUGGCUGCCCUGCUGUUCGUUCUGUUCCUGAUCGUUGACACCCAGUUGUUGUUUGGCGGCAAGAAGUAUUCACUGAGCCCAGAGGAGUAUAUCUUUGCUGCACUGCAGCUCUAUCUGGAUAUUGUGUAUCUGUUCCUUAUCAUUCUGUCGUUAUUUGGAGGUAAGAAAUAAGCAACACGAGGCGGUGUAAAAAAGGCAGGUACAGGAUUUUGCUGAGAGCAGGGUAAAAAAAUGCCGGCUUGCUUAUCAGGUUUUGUCUGUACCCUCCUCAAAACAUCAAUGAUGAAUAAUAAUGACCAUAGCGAUAAUGAUGCUACUUUAUAUAAUUAUGGGAGCUAAAGUUGAAUGUGGGCAUGACAAUAUGUAUAGAUACAGACAUAUUACAGUUAAAAUAGAAUUGGCAUAUAGAUAAAUCUGUACAUUUUUACUCAAAAUGACAUUAAUAUUUAACACACACCUCUAGUUAAAAGCAGGCUUUAAUUUUUUUAUUUUUUUUUUUUGAAAUAAUUUUUUUCAAAUAAGAGAAAAAAUAGAUUUCCUAAUUGUUUAUUAUUUAAGGUGUCAUCAGUAACCUUGUGUGCAUACAGUUUUGUUGGGUUGCUUAUUAGAAUUGUAGUCAGGAAUCUGAAUUGUUGAAUAUCUAUUAACAGAGUUUUCUGAAAGGCUGUACACCCAACAUUUAGUUGUUAUGCAGCCUGCAUUCUUCUGUCUGAGAACAGUCAGUCUGCAUAUAAAUUUUAGUAUAAAAAGACUUACCUUAUACACACAGGUGGAUUUUGUUUUUAUGUUCAUCAUUAUUUAUGUCAUUGUGCAUAACCUUAUGUCAAAUAAAUGUUGAAAAUAUAUUUUAAAAAUACUUAUAAUUUGAAUGUAGCGGGUCUUAGCAGAUAAUUAUGAAUUGUGUACUAUUUGGUCCCUGAUUAGAAAGAAACCCGGUGUAAGAAGAUUAACAUGGCAAAUAUUGAAGUAAUACAGCAUUUGUUAUAUUUUAUGUACUGUAUCUAAUGUAUAUAAAGUUCAACCCAAACUAUGCUCAUUUUGCCUUUAUUUGGGUUUAAGUAAGUUGACGAUUCACCC